CUCCUCGUUUCCUGCUGACAACUUUAAAUAGAGAGACUACUUCGAAGGUAGCACUGUUCCCAAUACAUAUGCGGUAUGUGACUUCUUACGACAGGAAAACACGAAUGAGAAAUGAAUCCGGAAGGACAGGGUCUGGAUGAGACACGACGUCCAUCAAGUCUUGCCGCGUCAGAUUGGCUCAGGCAGUUGGCUCUCGCUUUAGAAACAGGAUGCUUGCCAACUAUCCUCGGCAUCGGCGUGAUUGGUAACGCAUUGUCAUUCACCGUGAUGAGCUUAAAGAAGAAUCGCUCCAGUGUAAUGUAUUUCCAUCUAAGGGUCUUGGCAGUAAGUGAUACCGUGUCCCUUGCAACCUUUCUACCUAAACUCAUCAGCCCCUAUAUCAUUCAAUCAACAUGGAUUGCGCCUGUCCCCGUUAUAUAUUGCACCGUGGUGCGAUAUUUCAGCGAUCUGUUUUUCGGGGCUGCUAUGUGGCUAGUCGUCAUUAUCGCCGUUGACCGCGUGAUAGCUGUAAGUUUCCCCUUACGCGCCAUAUCAUGGUGUACCAUGGGACGGGCAAAGCGUAAUGUGAUUGUCUUCGGAGUCCUCCUGUUAGGUUUUAAUACUCCAAACUUCUGGAGGCGACCAAAGCUGUUUAACGAUUCCAUUGAUUGCGUCCUGGGGCCUCACCUGGUCUGGUUUGAUUCAGUGACCUACAGCGUCAAUGCUGCUAUACCAGUGUCACUGAUUUUAAUUCUGAACAUUACCAUAAUCAUAAGUGUACGCAGUCAUAGCAGAGAACUGAAACGCACUAUUUCGAAUAAACAAGGAACUGCCCAAGAUGGCGGCAUGACGGCCAUGCUUAUUCUCGUUGCAACGACCAUGGUUAUCCUAAACACCCCGUACUUCUGUCUUGUAAUAAUGUGGACCUAUAUAAUACCCGACUUCAUGGGAAGGAACCCUAGUUUGACGUAUUUCUUGAUGAAUUCCAUGAUCAUGCUGUGGAUGGUGAACAACUCCAUCAACUUCUUUCUAUACUGUCUCGCCAGCAAGCAUUUCCGAAAGGAUCUCAGACAGCUUUUUAAUAAAAGUCGCUGAAAGAGAAUCGAGCACUGAUCGAGGGGGAGAAUUUUCUUGCUACUGGCCGUGCUCGAAGCCCCUGGUGUUGGCCUGGAGACUAAGUAAGGAAAUGAGGAAUGAUAUUAGGUUACCGCGAGGAUAACUUUCUCAUGAAGUUAUCUCAAUGCUGCUAUAAUUUGAAUUGAAUUGAGAACCAAUCUUCAGUUCGGUUUUUGACGGUGGUCAUUUUGUAGUGGAAUCACCUAGUUCCCUGGGGUCUAUAAGGUAAAUAUAAGUGAGGUUGACAGUCUGUGAGUACGUCUUGCUUCCAUGUACGAAAAUAAAGUACCGUUAUCCCAUUUCAAAUCAUCUUAAGUUAGUUCUGAUUAUUACAAGGUCCAAACCCCUGUCUGAUAUGAAAGCCUCAUUGGGAAUGAUACGUCGAACUUAGGAUCAAUCAAGGGUUUGAGUCGCGGCUAGAACUUAAAGGACGGGACCUUUUCCUUUCUCCUAUCAUCACGCUGGUUCUACGGACGCAUGGUGGCCGACCGGCUAUUCAUACAUGGACUCUUCGCGGCCUUUGUCUAGCUUAUGAGCAUACUAGGUAUAUACAUGUUUGUGAAGGACGCAAACAACUACAUGUAUAUCACAAACUUUUGGGGUCCGAAGUGUAUCUGUCCUUGUUAGCGUCCCCCACAUACCUAGUCCGCGCACAUCCGGGCUUUUGUUCAAUGGGCUUUCCCAAUGAUGUCAUUGACAACUUCCAGUGAAUCACCCGACUGCUACUUCCGAGUGAGCAAAACACAUGGUUGGUCUUUGGCCAGGAAACGCACAAGACUGCAGGUCUGAGGGGUGUUCCGAGUUCGAAGACCAAUCACGGAUUCGCUCAUGUGAGAGACCGAAUUUCAAAUUUGGCACGUGUAGAGCACGUGGUCCAAGUUUAGUGACCGAUGUAUGUAAAUGAGCAAAGGUCAAGGUCAUGAUCAUGAUCAUGUAAUGUACACGGAGAAGAGUUACUGUCAGCAAGUGUAUUUUCAGCGCGAUUCUGGAUUUGGCCGAAAUUGCUAUCAGGCGCAUCUUGUCUAUCCUCAAACCCAUUUAUUGAUAAAAUUGACAAAUUGAUGCAACUGCAUCUGACAGCAGAAGUCAUGUUUUGCAUAUAUUUUUGUCAUCUGAUAUUUAUAAAUUUGACGCUCUUAUCUCUGUCAGGAGAAGCCAGGUUUCAAAUGUAUUUUGGUAUGUAUUUCCUUUUUGCUAUAACGAUGUAGUAUGUCGAGUUUAAAUAUACCUUGGUCGUUGAAGGCCGCGCAUUCCUCAAUGACGACAUGAGGUGGUGUCAAAGCUAUAAACGGAAUAGAUGUGUAAGCACGGAAGAUGGAGAUGGCUCAAGCCACCCCAAGUAUCCAUUCAUCAGACUGGCGAAGUCAGGUAAUUGGAACUUUACCAGCAACAUGUUUGCCUACUAUGGUGGCUUCGGCGUGAUUGCUAACGCAUUUUACCAUGUACCCAAAGUGCAUUGAUCCCGUAGGCAAAACCAAAGGCAACCAAAAGUUGUCCGAAACCGAAACCAACCGAAGGAUUCAUUCAAAUGCUUUCAAAAUCACGGUAAGUGAACCAGGGAUAGUCUUUUACAAUAUAAGAAAGUCCCCGGUAACCUUCUCUCGCUUUCAGGCGGGAGAAAUCAUCUCGAGCAAUCUGGUGACUCGGAUCGGCCACUCCCGUAGUUUACUUAUAAGAACUCACCGAGAUCAGUCAACGAAUCAUCGGAGCAAUGUGAUGUACAUGUAUUUCUAUUUAAGGGUCGAAACAUCUUUGAAACAUCUCUGAGGUAAUGGCGAUGGAUGUCAUGGAUGGGGACACUGAUAUGACUCGAGCCACAUCAAGCCCCGGCUCUUCAGAUUGGCUCAGCCAGUUAGCUGGAACGUUACGAACAACGUGUUUGCCGACGAUCAUGGCUCUUGGCGUGAUUGGAAACGCAUUGACAUUGACUGUCAUGAGCUUAAGAAAGAAUCGGACAAGUGUAAUGUACUUUUAUCUCAGGAUCUUAGCAGUAAGCGAUACGCUGUCUCUCUCAGUUUUUCUACCAAAUUUCGUCGUCUCGUUCGACCCAGGAUGGACUGAGUUCACAUCCUUUCCCGUUAUCUAUUGCAUAAU